CCCUGGGAUGGUGGGGCGCGCUGGGGAAGGUGGCGCUGGAAGGACUGGGGACCCAGGGUUUUCCGGGACAGUGCUCUGUGUUGAAAGCGGGGUUGGUUUCUCAGCUGGAAAGCGUUUAAUAAGUAAUAAAAUACGUUGGAAAUACCUUUAAAGACACUGUGGUGUAGUCGCAGUGAUUCACAGGGUUUGGCUAUGAAUUUAGCUAUUCUAGUUAUAGAACCCCGGCUAUGCAUUCUCCAAAAGCAGUUACUUAAAAAAAAGACAUGGUUAUAUGAGAAUCAUAACAGAACGGAUGUCCUUUCUUGCAAAUAAGUUUCACGUGGAUUUUACCUUUGUUCCUAGGUAUAGCUGUGGACCCACUGUCUACGAUCAUGCACACCUUGGCCAUGCUUGCUCCUAUGUUCGAUUUGAUAUAAUUCGAAGGAUCCUAACCAGGAUUUUUGGAUGCAACAUCAUCAUGGUGAUGGGAAUUACAGACGUGGAUGACAAAAUAAUCAAAAGAGCCCGUGAGAUGAACGUAUCACCCACUUCUCUCGCCAGUCUUUAUGAGGAGGAUUUCAAACAAGAUAUGGCAGCCUUGAAGGUCCUCCCACCAACAGUGUACCUGAGGGUAACCGAAAAUAUACCUCAGAUAAUUUCUUUCAUUGAAGGGAUAAUUGCUAAAGGCCAUGCUUAUUCAACAGCAAAAGUUGAUUCUGACAAGCGGCAUGCCAGCGACUUUGCCCUGUGGAAGGCGGCCAAACCGCAGGAGAUGUUUUGGGCCUCUCCGUGGGGAAACGGAAGACCUGGCUGGCAUAUCGAAUGUUCCACCAUCUCAAGUCUGGUGUUUGGAAGUCAACUGGAUAUCCAUUCAGGGGGGAUAGAUCUGGCUUUUCCACAUCAUGAAAAUGAAAUCGCCCAGUGCGAGGUCUUUCAUCAGUGUGAGCAGUGGGGAAAUUAUUUCCUGCAUUCUGGGCAUUUGCACGUGAAAGGCAAAGAAGAAAAAAUGUCCAAAUCACUGAAAAACUACAUCACUAUUAAGGACUUUCUGAAGACGUUUUCCGCCGAUGUCUUCCGUCUCUUCUGCAUGCGGAGCAGCUACAGGUCAGCCAUCGACUACAGCGAUGGCACCAUGCUCGAGGCGAAGCACCUCCUCCUGGCCACAGCUGCCUUCGUCGAGGAUGCGCGGGCCUACAUGAAGGGGCAGCUGGUGUGCGGCCCCGUCAGGGAAGACGUGCUAUGGGAGAGGCUCAGCCACACCAAGGGGGCUGUGAAGGCUGCCCUGGCAGACGACUUCAACACGCCCGGGGCCGUGGACGCUGUCAUGGACCUCAUUCACCACGGGAACAGACAGCUGAAGGCGGUCACCAAGGAGCCUGGUGGUCCUAGAAGUCCUGCUGUGUUCGGCUCCAUCGUGUCCUACGUCGAGCAGUUUUUUGAGACUGUUGGAAUUUCUCUGGCAGACCGACAGUUUGUUUCAGGGGACAGCAGCUCGGCCACUCUGCACAGCGUGGUGGAGGAGCUGGUCCGGUUCCGGCUCAAGGUCCGGCAGUUUGCCCUGGCCACGGGCGAGGCCACCAGGGAGACCCGGAGGCAGCAGCUGCUGGAGAGGCAGCCGCUGCUGGAGGCGUGUGACGCCCUGCGCCAGGACCUGGUCGCCCAUGGCAUCAGCAUCAAGGACAGGAGCAGCACAUCCACAUGGGAACUGCUGGGUCAGAGGGCAGAAGACCACAAACCAGGGAGCUGAGGACGCAUUCUGUGCCUGCUUACGAUGCAAUAAAAGCUUUAUAUUCAAGUUG